AUGCGACUGGGUGUGUGGACGUCCAGCAAGGUGCUGAUUGGCUGAAGAUGACAUCAUCCAGUCAAGCUCUAUAGUUGGAAAUAGGAUGAGCUCAUCGUUUCGCAACCAGUGUGAGAGAGCAGAGAGGGGACGGACGAAGCAGUGGUUCCAGUUGAAAGCAGCAGUUGGAAGAGGGAGUCUGCAGACCUGCGACCGACAGGCGCUCUGGGCUCCGGAUACACCAAGACGUAUUGUCCGGCGAUCUUCCACAGGCGCACCUAGAUUGCGGCAAGAAACCUACCUCCAGGUAUGACAUGUAGUGCGUUAUGUUCAGCAGAUAUGGUUUGGUCCCGAGAGAGAGAGACGGAGCGGCCCCCGCUUUCCGUCAUCUUGCCGCGGCUCUACCUGGGAGCGGAGAGCGACGUGACGCAGGACCGACUGGCCUCUCUGGGUAUCUCCUAUGUGCUGAGUGUGAGCCGCUGCAGCCCCCAGCCCUCCUUUCUGCCCCGUACGAGAUAUCUUCGCAUCCCCAUUGACGACUCCCUGUGGGACGACCUGCUGCCCUGGAUCCCACAGGCUCUGCACUUCAUCGAUGCAGCCAGGUCCUCUGGUGCCUCAGUGUUGGUUCACUGUGCAGCAGGAAUUUCGCGCUCCCCUGCUCUGGCUGUAGCUUACAUCAUGUACAGCUUAGGCAUGGAUCUGGACCACGCCUACAGGUUUGUGAAAGAGCGUCGGCCCUCCAUUUCCCCAAACUUCAACUUCCUGGGUCAGCUGCAGCACUUCCAGGGCACGCUGAGACAAAGGGCCUCUGGUGGCGACCUCCUCCUCCAGCAGCUGGACAGUUUCCUGCCAUCCAUCACUGACAGUGUUAGCCAUACUCACACCAGUCAGAAGAUGAACUAUCAGGCUGACAGUGUCCCCAGCGAUGCAGCAGAGGUCAAGCAGGAACACAAAAAGACUGCCUACCACACAGAAAGAACACAGCAGAGACACUCACAUUUAGAUGGAAGUGGAAACCAGCAGCUGUCCCUGUCAGGGACACUUCGGACUCUUCAUCUGACUCUCAGUCAAAACCAGCAACAAGUCCAUGGGACGCCAUGGGAGGUUCAAGUACCAAACCCCCAUGAGCCCGUCAAACCAGCAGCAAAGCCCAAUCAACUGCAAUUCCCAUUAGGCUCUACUUCUCUAUUAGAGAAACGCAAAAGUCUCACCCUCUCCUUGACCCCUUUGGGAAUCAGCCCUCCCUCCCUAGCAAGCAGCAGCCAGCAAGCAAAGGGCACCACCAAAACUGUCCACAAUAGGGAGACAAGAGGAAGGCCUGAGGCAAAGACAAGGAGGAGCUCUGGCUCCUACAGGCAGGCAGGGGACACCCACAGAGAGCAGAGUCCCUCCCACAGCAAGCGCAGCAAAACUGCGGUGCAGGAGCAGGGUUUACUGUCACCGUUCAGCUUCACCCUCAACAAGCUGCUGGGCUGGGGGGAGAGGGUGCUGCUGGGAGGGAUAUUUGUCCACCCUGUAAGGAUGGGACAGCCUGCACUGCCAUACAGGUGCUGAGGGCGCUGGAGGUAGGGUCAUUUGUAUCUGUGCAUGUUAGUCAAAAGGAAUUAAACCACACAUGUAAUUUACAAAAAUUCCGAAGGCCUGAAAGAACUGAACUCUUCUAUUUAUUUUUUGCAGAGCUGAAUAUAAGAACUAUACCUGACAAAGAACCUCCACACAAAUGCAUCUUGUUUAUUACUGUUGACACUGGUCAGCUAAUAUUGUCCUUUGUAAGAUGCCGUCAUUUUAAAAGCCCUGUGGCACAAUGGCUUGAAAUGUAUUUACUGAUGAUUAAAGAUGACAUUUUGACUGUGUCUUAUUGCCAUUUGUCUAAGUCUGAGGCUUCUCGAAAUUUGUAUCUGGUGCUAGGGUCUCAU